AAAGAAAAAGUGUGUACUUGCUUCUCAAGCCCGAACCCUUAUCUUUCUUUUUUAGCUUUAUUUUCCCUUUUCUUUAUUUCAUUACCAAAGCAGAAGCAGAAUUUGAAGAAGAAGCGGAGGAAUUAGGGGGGGUUCAUAAGCAUAAUCUCAAAACGGCAACACAAACAGAGAAUUAAGCAGAGUUUGGAGGGCUAGCUCAGCUGCCCAAUACUUUCAUUAUAUAUAGGGGCUUGAACUUUUCACUCAAUCCCAUCCCUGUACACCUUACUCUUCAAUUCAAGUUAUUCCUCUCUUAUCUCUCACUCUCCUCAGUGGCUGUGGUAUGCUGGUAGUGUCAACAGACUAAGUCCGAGUUGUUGAAGAACACGCUCAACUUGGUGGAAGCCUGGUUAUAUAUAUAAUGGUUGCAUGCCUUUCAUGCACGCCUGAUGCAUUUCCCAGAACAAACCCAUUCCCGUUUUCUAAACCACAAUUUGGUUCACAAGAAGCUCUUCUAUCACUCCACAAGUGCACCAAUUUCAAACAUCUUAAGCGAGUCUAUGCAAAGAUAAUUCGCCACGGUCUCUCUCAUGAUCAGUUACUUAUUAGGAGACUUCUUAGUAUUUGCUCUUCUUAUGGGAAAAUGGACUUUGCUACUCUUGUAUUCCAUCAAAUUCAGGGCCCUCUUACCUUUACUUGGAACCUAAUGAUUAGAUCUUAUACCAUCAAUGAUUGCUCAAAACAAGCCCUUCUUCUGUUUAACCUUAUGAUAUCCCAAGGCUUUCCACCCGAUAAGUUUACCUUUCCAUUUGUUAUCAAAGCUUGCAGUGCUGCUUCUGCAAUUGAGAUGGGAGAAGUGGUUCAUGGGCUAGCUAUCAAAACUGGUUUUGUAGGAGAUUUGUUUGUGCUGAACACUUUAAUGGAUCUUUACUUCAAGUGUGGGAAGGUAGAUUUUGGGUGUAAGAUAUUUGAAAAAAUGCGUGUCCGCAGUGUGGUUUCGUGGACUACCAUGAUUUCUGGACUUGUUAGUUGUGCUGAAUUGGAUGCUGCCCGAGGGGUUUUUGAGAAAAUGCCAGGCAAAAAUGUUGUUUCAUGGACAGCAUUGAUUAAUGGAUAUGCUAGAAAUCAACCCGAAGAAGCUUUUGAAUUAUUCUGGAGAAUGCAGCUUGAUAAUGUGAGGCCCAAUGAAUUUACUUUGGUUAGCUUGUUAAAAGCUUGCACUGAGAUGGGGAGCCUCAAGUUGGGUAGAUGGAUUCAUGACUUUGCUCUCAAGAAUGGGUUCAAACUUGGUAUUUUUCUUGGGACGGCUCUUAUUGACAUGUAUAGCAAAUGUGGUAGUUUAGAGGAUGCAAGAAAGGUGUUUGAUAAGAUGCAAGUAAAGAGUUUGGCUACUUGGAAUUCUAUGAUCACUAGCUUGGGUGUGCAUGGGUGCGGAGAGGAAGCUAUUUCUGUUUUUACAGAGAUGGAGAGGGGCAAUGUACGGCCAGAUGCUAUCACUUUUGUAGGUCUUCUAUGUGCUUGUGUACAGACAAAUAACUUGGAAGAGGGUCAGAGGUACUUCAAAUAUAUGGGUGAACAUUAUGGCAUCACACCUAUUCCAGAACAUUUAAUCUGCAUGACUGAACUCUAUAGCCGUGCUGGUAUGUUAGAUGAGGACUGCAAAUUAGUAAAUGCCAUGCCAUCAGAGCCAAAUGACAAUAUACUGCCAGCAUUGUUGCACUUAAGUAAAGUCUAUGGUAUUGUUAAUAUGGAGAAAUUCUUAUAUGGGAAGUUAGAUGUCUCAACAAUAGAUGCAAACUCUUUGCGGCAAAAUUGGCUUCAGGUCUCCAAGUGGGAUGCAGGUUGAUUUUGUGCUAGGCAGAUAAAAGGUAUCUGCAUGACCAUACUUUAAGCCACUAAAAGGGCAAGCUUCAUGCCAAGGUGGUUUCAUUCUCACUCAAAGGGGUUAUAUAUUUCAAUGUAUGUAUAUUCAAUUUAUUACCUCUCAAUGAGUUUAUAAUUUUUUUUAA